AUGUCAUCUUCUGAUCAAAUCCCUUUCUCAUCCAAUGAUGAUAAUUUCGCUUAUCACAAUAAACUUCAUUUUAAUUCCGAGGCCAAAAAUAUGGAAUCAGAUCCAUUUAAUUUAAUGGUUGCAAAAAAAUGUGGCGAAGCAAUCAUUAAUGAAAUAAAGAGUGAAUUGGAUCCAGAUAAAACCGAGGUUAUGGAUUUUGCUUGUGGAACAGGAUUGAUUUCUCAAGCGUUGUGCCCUUAUGUGAAAUCUAUUAUGGGUGUCGACUCGGCUCAAGCCAUGGUUGAUGAAUUUAAUAAAAAAAUCUGGCAACAAGGUAUUGAUGAAAGUGAAAUGAAAGCUAUUUGUUUGGAUCUGAAAGAAUCUGAAGGUGAUCAAUUAGAUGGAAGAAAAUUCGAUUUCGUCGUGGUGGGUAUUUCGAUUCUUCAGUGCGCUUCCGCUUAUCACCAUAUUAGUGAUAUUGCUGCCAUUACACGUAUUCUGGCCUCAUAUUUGAAACCAUCUGGAAAAUUGAUCGUAUUGGAUAUAACCAAAGAUCCUGAACUUGUUGAUAAAUUUAAAUACUUUCAAGAUAAACAUAAACACGUUGAACACACUGUAGCUCAUAAAGGUGGUUUUUAUCAUAAUGAAAUCGAGGAAGUCUUCCUGAAUACAAGAGUUUUAGAAGAUGUUAAAGUUGAGAUUGCAUUUACUUUUAAUAAAUUUCUUGAAAAAGAUCAAAAGGAAUAUACUUUUAAAUAUUUGAUUGCUAAAGGCAGAAAGAAGGAGUAG